AUGAUGGACGAGUUUGGCUCCGAGUCGGACAGCGACUACACCAGCUAUUGGCGGGAUUGGUUCAUAUCGUCCCGGGGCAACGAGUACUUCUGCGAGAUCGACGAGGACUACCUGACGGACCGCUUCAACCUCACCGGCCUCAACACCGAGGUCCAGUACUACCAGUAUGCCCUCGACCUCAUCACCGACGUCUUCGACCUCGACUGCGACGAUGACAUGCGCGAGACCAUCGAGAAGUCGGCCCGCCACCUGUACGGCCUGAUCCACGCGCGCUACAUUGUCACCACCCGAGGGCUGGCCAAGAUGCUCGACAAGUACAAGAAGGCCGACUUUGGCAAGUGCCCGCGCGUCUUCUGCCACUCGCACCCGCUGCUGCCCAUGGGCCAGACGGACGUGGCCAACCAGAAGCCGGUCAAGCUGUACUGCGCGCGGUGCGAGGACGUGUACAACCCCAAGUCGUCGCGGCACGCGGCCAUCGACGGGGCCUACUUCGGCACCAGCUUCCACAACAUCAUGUUCCAGGUCUACCCGGCCCUGCUGCCCCCCAAGACGGCCGAGCGCUACGUGCCCCGCGUCUACGGCUUCCGCGUCCACGCCGCCGCCGCCCUCGUCCGCUGGCAGAGCGUCCGCCGCACCGACAUGCUGCGCCGCCUGCGCAAGAUGGAGGUCGAGAGCGGCUUCAAGAACGAGAACGGCGAGGACGAGGAGAUCGACGACGAGGAGGACGACGAUGACGAGGACCUGCUCGAGGGCGAGCCCGUCGACCUCGACCACGACGUCGCCAUAGAGGGCGGCAACGUGAACCCCGUCGCUUGA